GUUGCCAGGUAGCUGCAAAAGUACGUAACGUGGGACUUGCUCCUGAGGAAUUCGCCAUUUGCCGUCAUUUGUUUUGCCCCUCGAUUUUGUGGAGUUACAGUUUGAAACAUAAUCGAACAUGCCGAUUAUGAAUAACAUUCAGAUCACACUUGUGGUCUGAAAGGCGAUGGUCGGAGACAGUACCGGCUCCGUGUGCCUCGCGAUCUAUCGGCCUUUCUUGGCUGUUAGUAUCACAGCAACGAUUAAAUUUCUGAGUCUGGCCCACAAAUACUCGGUGAAGUGUGGCGAGACCGAUCCAAGAGGCGGCAUGGGAGAGGCUAAAUCCCAUUGUCAUCCCAGAGCUGAGGGGAGCAUGGACGUGAACCUGGAAGAACAAGUUCCUCAUUCCAGGAGUCACUAUCCCAAGGAAGCUGUGAAGAAAAGACCGGGAAACGUGAGCCGAGAGUCCCGAGGAAGCACUUCAUCCCGAACCUCCAGGAAAAGCUUCAGACUGGAUUACCGACUGGAAGAGGAUGUGACAAAAUCUGAGAAGGGCAAAGAUGGCAGGUUUAUCAAUCCAUGGCCAACAUGGAGUGCCCCUGCUUUCAGCAAUGUGUUGAAGUUUGUUGUGAUGGAGAAAGACCACACAAACAUCCCCAGUUCCAAAGAGGAACUUGAUGAAGGAUUGCCAAUAAAAGAACCAUUCUUUGUCAAAAACCCAGAACUGGUGGGCGAUGUGGGCAGUGGAAUCCGAGUGACGUGGUUGGGACACGCGUCGCUGCUGGUGGAAAUGGAAGGGGUCACUUUUCUGACAGAUCCCAUCUUCAGCCAACGAGCUUCACCGGUGCAGUUCUUCGGACCGAAGCGGUUCCGAAACCCACCCUGUACGGUGGCUCAGUUGCCCAAAAUAGACGCUGUGGUUAUUAGUCACAACCAUUAUGAUCAUUUGGAUUACAAUACCGUGCUUAGUCUCAAUGAGCGAUUUGGGAGUGACUUGAGGUGGUUUGUACCGUUGGGUUUGUUAGGCUGGAUGCAGAAAUGUGGCUGUGAGAACGUAAUCGAAUUAGACUGGUGGGAAGAGAACUGUAUCCCUGGGCACGAUGAGGUCACGUUUGUUUUUACACCUGUGCAGCACUGGAGCAAGCGGACUGUAACAGAUGAUAACAAGGCACUAUGGGGCAGCUGGUGUGUCCUCGGACCUUGGAACAGAUUUUUUUUUGCUGGUGAUACAGGUUACUGUGUGGCCUUUGAACAAAUAGGGAAACGAUAUGGACCAUUUGAUCUUGCCGCAAUUCCUAUUGGAGCCUAUGAGCCAAGAUGCCUUUUGCAGAUUAUCCUAGUGGUUCAUGAAGUACAACCACGUGAACCCAGAAGAGGCUGUGAGGAUCCACGUGGAUGUUCAAGCAAAGAAGUCUGUAGGAAUACACUGGGGAACAUUCGCUUUAGCCAACGAGUACUACUUAGAACCACGAAGAAAACUUGAAGAGGCUCGAGAAAGAUAUGGAUUGAAACCAGAAGAUUUCUUUGUUUUGAUGCAUGGAGAAUCAAAGCAUUUAAGUGAGAACAAAGGUUUUCAAUGAUAAUGCAAAUAAA